GUUGGAUAUCCAGGUUAAUCAAAAACAUCCGAGUUCUGAAUAAUUUGACCUCCUUUUAUGCAACGACUUCUGGACAGUACGGUCGUUAGUCCUGGCUCCGCCUUUUUUCAGCUGCUUCGAAAGUGUUUGAAGGUUAAUUCACUUGAAUCAAUCAAGUCGCUUCAUGGACUCGUUAGUACAUUGGGAUCAAGCUUACCACAAAUCCAUUUUUUUCAAAACAACCUUAUUUCUGUUUAUGCUACGCUGGGUUACAUAUAUUUUUCCCGCAAGGUGUUUGAUCAAAUGCCUCAUAAAAAUGUUGUAUCUUACAAUACUAUGAUUGGUGCUUAUAGUCGUGAUGGAAAUCAAGAGGAAGCUUGUAAUUUGUUUUAUGUGAUGAGGAAUCUUGGGUUCUUUCCUACUCAGUUCACAUAUGCUAGUCUUUUCUCAUGCGGUUCAUUGGGCGUUGAACAAGGAUUUUGUUUGCAAGCAGCGGCCAUGAAGAGUGGUUUGCUUUUUGCUGAUGCUUUUGUGGGAACUGCUUUGCUGGGUUUGUUUGGGAGGCAAGGUUGCAUUGAUGAAGCACUCUGUGUUUUUGAAGACAUGCCCUUCAAGAAUCUAGUGACAUGGAAUGCAAUGAUAUCUUUGGUUGGAUGUCACGGAUCUGCAGAUGAAUGUAUGAUGAUGUUUUGUCAGCUUAUGAGGACUCAAAUGACCUUGUCUGAACCUUCCUUUGUGGGUGUUUUAUCUGGGUUUCAAUCAGAGGAAGACCUAGAAUCAGGUGAACAACUACAUGGGGUUGUUAUUAAGUUUGGAUUGGUAUGUAAAGUUGCAGUUGCCAACUCUCUUAUUAACAUGUAUGGCAAGUGUGCAGGCACAUGCAUAGCAGAGAAAAUGUUUAAGAUGGUACCAAACAGAGACGUGCUGUCAUGGAAUACGAUUAUCGGGGUGCUGGCCAAAGGGGAAGAACCGCUAAAAGCAAUAGAGUUCUUCUGCAAGAUGUACAUAGAUGGGUUUCUCCCAAACCAGAUCACGUUUCUGAGUGCUAUCACCUCGUGUACAAAGUCAAUCAACCUAAUUUAUGGAGAACUUAUCCAUGCUAAGAUUAUUAAGAACCAAUUUGAAAACGAUGUUCUUGUAGGCAGUUCAUUAGUUAAUUUAUAUGCUAAAUGUGACAGAUUAGAUUGUGCUCAUCGCUGUUUUGAUGAAAUACUUGAGAAGAAUUUGAUUUCCUGGAACGCUUUGCUACUUGGAUAUUCCAGUAGAGGCUGUUCAACUUCUUUUUGGCUACUGCGGGAAAUGAUACAGUUGGGUAUUUCUCCAAAUGAAGUUUCAUUCUCUAGUGUUAUAAAGUCACUUUUAGCAUUGGAACUGAAGGAAGUUCAUUCUUUGGUUGUAAAAAUGGGCUAUCAUUUGAAUGAGUAUGUAACUAGUGCACUCAUGACCUCAUAUGCCAAAAAUGGUUUGGCCGCUGAUGCAUUAAGUUUAUUUGAAGAUGGUAAAAUGCCACAUUCUGUUGUUCACUCAAAUGUCAUUGCUGGGCUGUAUAAUAGAAGUGGCCAGUACCUUAAAACUCAGGAACUCUUCUGUGAAGUAGCGGAUCCUGAUAUUGUAUCAUGGAAUAUUCUGAUUGCAGCGUGUUCCCGUAAUGGAGACUACAAGGAAGCUUUUGAACUUUUCCAACAAAUGCGGAUGAAGAGAAUCCUACCUGAUAAUUAUACAUAUGUUAGCCUGUUAAGCAUUUGCACCAAACUAUGUAACCUUGCUUUAGGCAGUUCUCUUCAUGGCCUUAUGACAAAAGCUGAUUUCAACUGCUGUGACAUAAUGGUCUGCAAUGUAAUGAUAGAUAUGUAUGGAAAAUGUGGGAGUCUGCAGAGUUCAGUUUUGAUGUUCAAUGAAAUGAUGGAGCAAAAUGUUAUAUCAUGGACAACUCUGGUUUCAGCCCUUGGCCUACAUGGACAUGCAAAAGAGGCACUAGAAAGGUUCAAACAAAUGGAGAUGAUUGGUAUUGAACCUGACAAGAUUGCUUUUAUAGCUGUUCUUUCAGCAUGCAGACAUGCUGGAUUAGUAAAAGAAGGGAUGGAAUUGUUUGAAAAAAUGAAAGAAAAAUAUGGAAUUGAACCAGAAAUGGAACUUUAUCUUCUUGUUGUGGACUUGAUGGCUAGAUAUGGCAACCUAAAGGAAGCAGAACAGUUGAUUUCAGGGAUGCCUUUUCCACCAAAUGCCAGCAUAUGGCGUAGCUUUCUUGACGGUUGCAAUAGACAAAGAACCGCAGAACAUCUCUCCCUCCAAUUCCAGGCUUGUUAAUCACAGUGUGAAUGGGUGUUCGAUCACUCAACUGAAAGCAUUGUACAAGAUAUCGAGAAUAUGGUUCGCUCCUAUAUUCAAAAGGUAUAAUACUUUAGCGGUCGUUGGUGUGAAAUGGAGCAUAUCAUAAAUGAGCGCCAUCGAGUAGAGGUACGGUUCGUGAAGUGACAAUUAGUAUUUGGUUAGAUGUGUGUAUUUUUUUUUUUUCGUAGAUUAUGUUUUUUUGUACUUCCUUAAGUUAGUAUUUGGUUGUUGCUGCUUCGAACUCGUUUUGUUGUGUAAAGUUUUUCCCCAGAAUUUUCUCCCUUUUUAUUG